AGGGAAAAGUGUGUCACUCCACUCCAGCCAAAAGUUUUGCUAGACUGCCACGUCUUACAAUCAUGAUUCCUGAUCAUCUUAAAAUUACCGAUAUAAUAAUGGAUCUCGUGAUGAAUCUGAAUCAGUAGUAGAGUCCAGUUCAGUUAGAGUGUAAACUUGUUUUCAGGAAUGUCAUUCCAGCAAAUAGCCUUCUUUCACUCUCCACUAACAAACCAACACCGCUGAAUUCCAAACCCGACUGUCACACUCUCUCCUAACAAUACAGGGAGCAGAGAAAGAGAUGCAAUUCCAAUACAAAUUUCUGUGAUUCAAAUGCACUGAAAAAACCAAAAGAUCUAACAAUUUUUCAAAUUAUUAUUUUUUCUGUAUUUUUGUUUGAAUUUGUUUUCCUAUAGUCCAUCCAAAAAUAUAAAUGUGAUCUUUCACUACUUUGUCUCCCCACAUUUCUCCUUUUCAACAAACAAAAACCCUCAUCACUCGUUCUCUGCUUCAUUCCCAAACCCCUGCUAUAUUUUUUUCUUUUCUUUUCUUCAUUGUUUUUAUCAACUCAUUUGGGAUUUGGGUAGGCAAAAAUGGUGAAUUUAUUAGGAAAAGAAACCCUAAAAACAGUGAAUUUGAGUUUUAGAAUACCUUAUUUUACUCAAUGGGGACAAAAUCUUGUUAUCAGUGGUUCUGAACCUCUACUUGGUUCAUGGAAUGUGAAACAAGGGUUGUUGUUGAUCCCAUCUCAUCAAGGUGAUCAACUUAUUUGGAAAGGAAGUAUUAAAGUUCCUAGUGGAUUUGAAUGUGAAUAUAGUUAUUAUUUGGUUGAUGAUAAUAGACAAGUUUUGAGAUGGGAAGCUGGGAAAAAGAGAAAGAUAUUUUUGCCUGAAGGUGUUCAAGAUGGUGAAAUUGUUGAGCUUCAUGACCUAUGGCAGUCUGCUUCAGAAACUCUCUUUUACAGAAGCGCGUUCAAAAAUGUAAUAUUUCACAAAGGUUGGAGUUUGGAUUUGGAAACACCAGUAGGAGCCUUUCCGACCAAACAUGAACAAGAGGAUACAGUCAUCGUUCAUUUCAGUGUUAGCUGCCCAAGGAUUGAAGACAACACAUCAGUAUAUGUGACUGGUAGCUCAGCUCAGUUGGGGCAAUGGAACCUCCAGGGUGGGCUUAAACUAAGCCAUGCAGGUUUUGCUUCUUGGGAAGCAAAUUGUGUGAUGCGGAAAAGCGAACUCCCAAUUAAAUACAAGUACUGCCAGCAUGGCAAGGCAGGAAAUAUUUCACUAGAAGUUGGGCCUCAAAGGGAGAUCUAUGUUGACUCAACAUCAAAUGAUACACCGAAAUACAUUUCCCUAUCUGAUGGCAUCUUUCGAGAAUUGCCAUGGAGGGGUGCUGGUGUUGCUAUCCCCAUGUUCUCAGUUAGGUCUGAAGAAGAUCUUGGAGUCGGAGAGUUUCUUGACCUGAAGUUACUUGUCGACUGGGCAGUUGAUUCAGGAUUCCAUUUGGUUCAGCUUUUGCCAAUUAAUGACACAUCAGUGAAUGGAAUGUGGUGGGAUUCAUAUCCUUACAGUUCUCUGUCUGUGGUUGCGCUGCAUCCAUUAUAUCUAAGAGUUCAGGCGCUUUCAAAAGAUAUAUCAAAAGAGAUUAAGCAAGAAAUCAUGGAUGCAAAGGAAAGGCUGGAUGGAAAAGCUGUUGAUUACGAGGCUACGUUGGCUACCAAACUUUCAAUUGCCAAGAAAAUAUUCUCUGUAGAGAAGGACUCUGUGCUUACUUCCAGUGCAUUUAAGAAAUUUUUCUCUGAGAAUGAGGAAUGGUUAAAACCAUAUGCUGCAUUCUGUUUCUUGAGGGACUUCUUUGAAACAUCGGAUCACAGCCAGUGGGGUCGUUUUUCUCAAUUCUCAAAAGAAAAGCUUGAGAAACUUGUUUCAAAGGAUACAGUUCACUAUGGCAUUAUUUGCUUCCACUACUAUAUCCAGUAUCAUUUAUACCUACAGCUGUCGGAAGCAUCUGCAUAUGCAAGAAAGAAUAGAGUGAUCCUGAAGGGGGAUCUACCAAUUGGGGUGGACAGAAACAGUGUUGAUACUUGGGUUAAUCCGAAUUUGUUCCGAAUGACCACAUCUACUGGAGCACCUCCCGAUUACUUUGAUAAAAAUGGACAAAAUUGGGGGUUCCCCACUUACAAUUGGGAGGAAAUGUCAAAAGACAACUAUGCUUGGUGGCGUGCUCGUUUGACUCAGAUGUCGAAAUACUUCACGGCUUACAGAAUAGAUCAUAUCCUAGGUUUCUUUAGGAUAUGGGAGCUUCCUGAACAUGCUGUCACGGGUCUCGUUGGAAAAUUUAGGCCAUCAAUCCCUCUAAGUCAAGAAGAGCUUGAAAAGGAGGGAAUAUGGGACUUCGAUCGUCUAUGCCGUCCAUAUAUUCGACAAGAAAUGUUACAGGAGAAAUUUGGAGAUUCUUGGUCCGUUAUUGCUUCAAAUUUCUUGAAUGAGUAUCAGAAGUCCUGCUACGAGUUCAAGGAGGAUUGCAACACGGAGAAAAAGAUUGUUUCCAAACUUAAAGAAGGCGAUGGAAAGUCAUGGUUGGAGAGUGAAGUGAACAUACGAAGUGAACUGUUUGAUCUCAUCAAGAAUGUCGUUCUUAUUAGAGACCCUGAGGAUGCAAGGAAAUUUUAUCCUCGGUUUAAUCUCGAAGAUACAUCAAACUUUCAAGCCCUGGAUGAUCACAGUAAAAAUGUACUAAAAAGGUUAUACCAUGAUUACUAUUUCCAACGGCAAGAAACUCUUUGGAGUGAAAAUGCAAUGAAGACUCUGCCCGCCCUCUUGAACUCAUCGGAUAUGUUAGCCUGUGGAGAGGAUCUUGGCCUCAUUCCUAACUGUGUUCACCCUGUUUUGCAAGAGCUAGGUUUAUUAGGUUUACGUAUUCAACGUAUGCCAAGUGAAUCCGGUGUGGAGUUUGGUAUUCCUUCUCAGUAUAGUCAUAUGACGGUUUGUGCACCAUCAUGCCAUGACUGCUCAACCAUGCGUGCUUGGUGGGAAGAAGAUGAGGAAAGAAGGUCUCGCUUUUAUAAAACUGUGGUAGGGUCAAGUGAGGAACCACCUUCUACAUGUGUUCCUGAGGUUGCACACUUCAUCCUACGACAGCAUGCUGAAGCACCGUCAAUGUGGGCAAUUUUCCCGCUCCAGGAUUUGUUAGCGCUGAAAGAAGAAUACACAAAAUCACGACCCGCGGCCGAGGAAACUAUCAAUGAUCCAACGAAUCCAAAACACUACUGGAGAUACCGUGUACAUGUAUCAUUAGAAACUUUGAUGAAUGAUAAGGAGAUUAAAACAAAGAUAAGAAGUAUUGUUCAAAGCAGUGGGAGAUCACUACCUUCUCUAGAGCAAGCCGAUGAUACACCCAUACCUGUAACUUUGCCAGACAAGCAGCAAUUAGUUAAUGGACAAAGAAAGGUCACAAAUGGUGCUGCACAAAAGUAGGGUUCUGUUUCGAUAGUUCAAUCUACCUUGGGACUUCAACUGUCUAAUGGUUGAGUUUCUCUCUCUCUCUCCCACUCUCUAAUAAUUUCAUGGAGGAACUUCCAAUGCAUAUAUGAAGUAAUGAACGAGUCUAAUAAGGGCACUUAUAUAUAUUCUGGUAUUCAACUUUUUGAACAAUGCAAUUCUUGAUGCAACAGCGUAUGCAUUUCCAUGGCAA